UCCAAAUCCAAGGAAAGCUUCUCUCCGCUUCUCCGCACUCUUAGAACAAUUCGCCUUCCAUCCCCGAUUCGCUCUUAUAUAUAGGGUAAAGUAAUCGAAUAUCAGAAAGAGAGAAACACACAGUAGAAGGGAGAUCGAUCGCCAACAAUGGAUUUCCGUAGUCUCAGUUUGGAAAACCCGCUCAUCUCAACGCUGCAUUAUCUGGUAGAUCUGCCGGAGGAAUGGGAGAACUCCGUAAACUCCCCGAUGAAAUCAUUCGUGCGCGACACACGGGCGAUGGCUUCAACGCCGGCCGACGUCAAGGAGCUGCCGUCGGCCUACGAAUUCGUGCUCGAUGUGCCUGGUCUCAAAUAUAGCGACAUCAAUGUGGAGAUCAAGGACGAAAACCUGCUCGUCAUCACCGGUGAGCGCUUGCGGAAUGACGAGAAGGACGAGGAAGAAGGAAAGUACCUUCGGAUUGAACGCCGGAUGGGGAAAUUUAUGCGCAAGUUCACCCUCCCGGAUAACGUCAAUGUCGAAGUCAUCUCUGCAGUUUGCCGGGAGGGGGUUCUCACCGUUACCGUGGAGAAGCUUCCGCCGCCUGAGCAGAACAAGACCAAGAAGAUCGAGGUCAAGAUUGCCUAAAUCCAUGAGUUAAUCUUAAUUGUAGGGUUUGCUUUGCUAUCGUCGUUUAAGCGUUUGUUGAGUUUUUGUUUGUUUGUCGUGAGAUUGAAUUACUGUUCUCUGAUUUCAGUUCUGUUGCGUUCUGUUUUAUCGAUGAAGAACUUAUCUUCGUCAGUUUGGUUUAAUCUUUUCUAUGCAAAUAAGUGCAGAUAAAUACUGUACAAACCUUUUUUCAUUUCUUCUGUAUCGGCUACUCGCAGUUAAUAAAUUCUCUGAUCCAAAGGGAUC